AUGGAAGUUCCCUCACAAGUUCACCAUUUACCAGAACCGCACCUAAAGCGGUCCGUUCUCCUUUGCCAAAUAGACAAUGAAAACCGGCUUAAUGAUAAGAUCACAAACGCACAUGACUUCUUUGAAGAGUAUCGAUCUCGGCUUCCGGACUCUGUGCUAUGGACCCCUCUCCUUUUCUCACGAUGGCUGUCAAAAGAUAAGCUCCACGUCUUUAUCAAGCUCGAAACAGAGCAGGUCACCAACUCUUUCAAAGUGAGAGGGGCCUUAUAUCGAACUCAUGUCGCCAUUUGUGAAGGAGCGAAAGGAGUUGUAACAGCUUCCACUGGAAAUCACGCACUCGCUGUCGUUCAUGCCGUGACGCUAAGCGAUGUAGCGGGCAUCGUGUUCCUCCCGGAAAAUACCACGUCAGGGAAAGUCAAAGCUCUUCGAGCAAGCGUGAAGAACACAAAAGCAGUCAUUCAGUUUGCCGGAAAAGACUGUUUAGACGCUGAAAGGAAGGCUUCACAGUAUGCAGUGGAACACUCGUUAGUUUACAUCUCUCCUUAUAAUGACGAAUGUGUGAUUGCGGGACAAGGGACCGUCGGGGUGGAAAUCCUUGAAACACUUUCGAAACUAGGCGUGCCAUUUGGGAAUUCAUUCCAUCGCAAGUGUUGCUAUGUAACCGUCGGGGGCGGAGGUUUAAUUUCUGGGGUGGCAGCUUGCCUCAAGCUUCGUGAACCAGGGGUCUGGCGGGUUGUCGGGUGCUUGCCGCAAAACUCACCGGUGAUGUACGACUGCGCUGCAGCCCAGCAAGUGAUACCAAGCAAAUGCCUGCCAACACUUUCCGAUGGAAGUGCAGGAGACAUUGAACCCGGGUCAAUUACGUUGGAAUACUGCUGCGGGCUUGUGGACGCAUGGGCUCUGAUCAGCGAGGCGGAUAUCGAGAAAGCUAUUGCUGGUGCUUUUACAAACCAUCGCAAAGUCGUCGAAGGCGCAGCAGCAGUUGCUAUCGCCGGCUUCCAAGUUGAUGAGCGAUGGCGGCAGGGAAAAAAUGUGGAGACCGCUGUGGUGGUAGCAUGUGGAAGCAACAUCGAUCCAGAUGUAUUUGCGGAUAUUAUCAAAAAACACGAGUGA